AUGGCCUCUGCUGCUAUUGCUCUGCCUUCCGGGUCCCUUGGGGCUUCACCAAAAUCUCCAAAGAAAGCCAAGAAGAAGUCAUCAGCCACAGUGUCAGCCCUGAUCAAGAAGGCUGUGGCCGACUCCUCAGAGCGCGGCGGUCUCUCUCUGGUAGGACUGAAGAAGGCUCUGAAGGCUGGAGGAUAUAAUGUGGACAAGAACAACGCCAGAAUUCUUGCUAGUGUCAAACGCUUGGUGAAGAAAAAAACUCUGGUCCAAACAAAAGGCAGCGGGGCUUCCGGAUCCUUCAGGCUGAACAAGAAACCCCCCACACCCCGCAAGAGGAAGGCGGUGAAAAAGACGAAGCCAAAGGUCAAAAAGGUCAAGAGGGCUGGAGUGAAGAAAGCAGCUGGAAGUGCAUCUCCGGCCAAGAAGUCACCUAAAAAAAGGAAGGCCAAGUCUCCCAAGAAAGCUGCUGCAGCCAAAAAACCUAAGAAAGCAAAGAGUCCUAAGAAGAAGAGCCCUAAGAAGAGUCCAAAGAAGAGUCCUAAGAAGAGUCUUAAGAAGAGUCCCAGGAAGAGUCCCAAAAAGGCUCCUAAGAGGGUCAAGUCCACUAGGACCAGGGCAGCUGCUGCCAAAAAAUGA